GAAAAGGUCCAGUUGUCAAGUGGCGCAAAAGCUAACUUAUUUUCCCUCCUUGUUUCAAAAUACAAGGUUAUAUUUUUAUAUUGUUCCUAAUAACAUACCUUUGUUCCAGUGCAAGGCGUGAGUGUGUUUGAAGCUGGGCUUAUAACCUGCCACAUCUAGGGAUCAUGCGCAGUGUGCAGCGUGCCUGCCUCCCCUCCAGUCGGCCGAGCGAGCCAGCUGUCCAAGGGCUUGGAAUUCCAACAUGGCAGAGGCACUGGUCAGUCUCGCUCGCAGCAACUUGGAAUGCUCUCCGAUGUCGAGCCGCGGCUACGGCAGCCUCUAACGCCCCGCGACAAGCACCAGACCGCCGCACUCGGAUCGAUGCUCGCGUAAAAGCCCGCAGCCGCCCUGUCACCUACACAGUUGUGAAAGGAGAUCUAGUGUGGCUGCAAUGAGAAGCAACCCAUUGGAAUUCCACCUGGUGAACAUUGUGAAUCUGCUAUCUUCCUUCUCUCGUUUCCAGGCGUGAAGACAUGCUUACUAGCACCAGCUUUUAUGGUCUAAAGAUGCAGUGGACCCCAGAGCACACACAAUGGGCAGAACAACACUUUGACAUCUCAUCCACUACCCGCUCUCCAGCGCACAAGGUAGAGGCCUACCGGGGACACUUACAGCGAACGUACCAGUAUGCGUGGGCAAACGAUGAUAUCUCCGCACUGACUGCCUCCAACCUGCUUAAGAAGUACGCAGAGAAGUACUCUGGGAUCCUCGAAGGCCCGAAUGAAAGAGCUCUUCUCUGUUCCUACUCUGACGGCACCACUGGACUCUUGAAUGGACGGAAGUCGGAGAAUGAGCCCUGGCAGGAGGGGAUUUACCCGAUGAACUGUGCUCCAGAUGUUAUAUCUGUGAGCAAAGCUGGAAUGACAGCUGCCCUACCCCCUACAGAUGCGUCAGCUAGCAUAGGCAGCUCCCCGGGGGUGGCGAGCAGCUUGUCUGAGCCGAGCUAUUCCAGCAGUAACUGCGGGAGCCACACGGCCACGACUCUCCACUCGAGCCUUUCCUCUCAGGAAUACAGCGCCGGCUACAACGGCCCCUACCUGCAUUCUAGCUACAGUGGCCAGACAACCCCGGCCCUCCCUUCUCCACAUCCCUCUCCUUUGCACAGCGCCGGGCUCUUACAGCCCCCGCCGCCGCCUCCUCCCCCCACCUUAGUACCGAGCUACAAUGGCGCGUCUCCAAACCUUCCCAACUACAAUUAUCCGCCAACAGGGUAUCCCUCUCAAACGGCUGUCGGCCCCGGUUAUAGCCCCGGGGGAGUGCCCCCUCCUUCUGCUUAUCUGCCAUCCGGCAUCGCGGCGCCCACGCCGAUUCCUUCCUCCACUCUGCCUGGCUACACCUACCAGUCCCACAAUCAUACGCCGAUUGCCCCGGCACCUCUAAAUGGCAGCACAUCCAACUCAUUAAAAAGAAAGGCUUUCUACAUGAGUGGACAUGGAGAAGUGGACUCUAGCUAUGGUGACUUCAACUACAACCAACAGCGCUCUUCUCAGAGUCCCAUGUAUAGACUAGCGGACAGCAGUGUCUCAGACUCCAACCGGGGCAAUGGCUUUGACAGAAAUGCUGAGGCCUCCUCUUUGGCAUUCAAGACAACCAAACAGACAAUAUCUUCUGAUCAGCAAAGAAAAUUCAGUAUACACUCUAGCAGGGCUCUGACUCCUCCAUCCUUCGGAUCGUCUAAAAGCUCUGUGGAUGAUCUCCGAGCUGGCGAGCCCUACAGCAAGUUUGGAUCCCCAAUAUUGAGCGAACAAAGCGAAGAGCACAGACAACACCUGCCUCACUCACUAUCGGGGCCCGAUGUCGGUACGCCUACCUCGUCCAUCCUUGCUGCAGAGGAACAACUGAAGAACAGCGAUCCCAACCUGGUGGACAUGGUGACGGCAGAAAUCCUUCAGCAGUGCCCUCAGGUUGAUUGGAGUGACAUCGCCGGACUCGAAAUGGCCAAAGCGGCCAUUAAGGAGGAGAUACUAUGGCCCAUUUUAAGGCCAGAUAUGUUCAAUGGACUUCACGCAUUACCUCGUAACCUUCUUUUAUUUGGACCUCAGGGAACGGGCAGAACGCUGAUGGCUCGCUGCAUGGCCAGCCAGCUGGGGGCCGCCUUCUUGCGACUUAGCAGCUCCACACUGGUGACCAAGUGGUUGGUGGAGGGUGACAAAGUCAUUCAGGCUUCUUUCCUGGUGGCUCGGUGUCGCCAACCGGCAGUGGUGUUCAUCAGCGAAGUGGACCUCCUCCUGUCGGCCCAGCUCAGCGAGGACAGCCCAGUGAGUCGACUGAAAGCUGAACUCCUCAUGCAGCUCGAUAGUAUUUUGUCCUCCGCUGAGGACCACGUUCUUGUGGUCUGCUCCACCAGUAAACCCGAAGAGAUUCCGGAGUCCCUAAGGAGGUACUUUACCAAGCGAUUGCUCAUCCCCUUACCCGACGGGACGGCACGACACCAGAUAAUCAGCCAAGUGCUCUCACAGCCCAACUACUGUCUUAGUGACAAAGAGAUGUCAUUACUGGUUCAGAGGACAGAAGGUUUUUCAGGACUGGACGUGGUUCAGCUUUGUCAAGAGGCCGUGGUGGGCACUCUCCACGGCGUUCCUGGUUCCGACCUGUCGAGUAUCCACCCAAGACAAAUGAGACCAGUCUCUUUUCAAGACUUCGACAAUGUGUUUUGUAAAUUCCAGCCUAGCAUAUCACAAAAAGAACUUGACACAUACACUGAAUGGAAUAAAAUGUUUGGUUGCAGUCAAGGAAAUCAAUGAGAUGCUUCUACCGUGAUUUCGUAAGAGUUUUGGGUGGUUAUCAUGCACUGGGCUGGAAGAAUCACUAACAUGAACACACUUGAUAUGGUCGAGGGUUUGGCAUUGAGUGCUUUAGAUGUAAAAUGAGCAACCCGUAAUUUGAUAAAUUGGUACAUGGCUGGAGUUACUUGUUCACUAAAAGACUUGUAAAGGAUACCCACUCCCCACUUCUUGUUUUUGUAUAUACAUACAUAUAUAUGACGAUACUAUACUGCUGAUUUUGAGAUUUAGUUGCUAUCAAGUGCCUGAGGUGGUGCUGUUUAAAUUUUCUUUUUUUGCCUCACAAUCUUCAUUGGUGACAUGUGCUAAUAGUGCAAUUAAAAAAACAAAAAAAACAACAACAAAAAAAGCUUUAAAAUGAGACAAAAAACCUGCUUUCUCUUUUCCAUUAGAACAGCUGUGUCUGUUGUGUGCUCUUUGUGAACAGUUAUUUUGAGCUAAAUUAAAUUUUAUGGGCAUAAUUUCAGCUUCAUCUUCUGGCAUAUUUUGUACUGUAUGUAUAAAUGAUUUAAUUACGGGGGAAAAAAACAAAAACAUUUACGUACUCAUACUUUGCAUACUCACUUUGGUCCAGUAAGAGUCGAGCAAGUUGGUAUUUUUUCGCUCCUCCAAUGUAGAUACAACAUAGAGUCAAUAUUAUUUUACAAUGUGGUUUCACUUUAACCAAUAAAUUACUAUGUAAUCGUUGUUAGUUAGUAAUUCAGUGUUUGACCUACAUGUAAAAUGAGACCAUCCAAUGUUCUUUAUUUUGAAAACUCAGGAAAGUGAUUAAGGUAGAGUCAUCAAAUACAGUUAAGCCCAAUAUUAUUCACACCUUUUGCACUUCCUCUUCCUUCUUAAGUGUGAAAUGAUCCCAGACCGGUCACUUGUUUCUAUACGGAGUGGUGCGUGCAAGUGCAGUAACGUUUGUUCGUGUGGGAAAAGCAUUACUGCCGGGCUUCGAGGCAGAGAUUUGGCUUUGACUUAGUUGAGUUAUUCGAGUUAUUCGAUUAAUCGUUUCAGCGCUGGACUAAAAUGAUGAUCUCUGAAAAUGAUGCGAGAACAUUGAAAAAGACGAUGUUAAGCGAUAUUGAGUUAUUAUAUAUUAUAAUUCACGGAAACAUCUAGUAGAUUAGAAUGCUGUCGAAGUGUAGGUUAUAGUAGAAGUCACAGAAUUCUUUAGAAUUGUGCAUAAGAUUGCAUUUCCUCAAAAGUGUGUUGAUCAGAUCACAGGUAUGGUUCAUUUAUAAACUGUAAAAUAAUUAACUCUAACCCAGAUUCUUCAUCUUUCACAAAUUUUUUGUGUAAUUUCCAGCUAAAAGAUACCCACUCAACAGUUUAACACCACAUUUUGCAAGGGUACGAAUCAUUUUGGGCUUAAUUGUACAUUUCCAACACUACACACCACAAGAAGACAUCUGAAAUUGUAUCAAACAACCAUAUACGGCUGUAAUACCUCAGCAAGUGAGAAAUGAGAUGGUUUCUACAAUGAAUGUAUAUAUUUAAUUUUGAUUUAUUUCCGAGACAAAUGGUAAUCUGCUUUGUGGUGUUUCCUUGAAAUGGAACAUUGUAUUAUGAUUAGAGAUUUGCCUUUGAAGAGAAUGGUACUGUUAUUUAUCUUGAAUUGUUGCCUCCGGCUGAUUCUGUAGUUAUUUUCAAGGCGCUAUCACACAGAAAAUCAUACACAGUGAUUCUGGUCUUUGAGUUCCCCCGUUUGGAGGCUCAGCUGUACAUCUCGCAAUGAGAGCCGUGUAGAAUUUGAAAAAGGUGCAGACAAACAUCUUGGGGUUGAGCGAGAAAAACUGCCCGGAGCCAUUUCAUUCCAUCCUGCUGCUGUUUUAUCAUUAAUGAAACCGAAGGAUUAUGUAUCACCUAAGUUGCUUUUCUACCUCAGUUUGUUAGUUAUCUCUGAAAGACAAAUAUGUGACAGCAGCUGUUUUAAAAGAAUGCCAGUAUUAUUAUUAUUUUUUAAACUUGAUUUUAUUUUAUUAUUUUUAUUUUAUUAAAUGCAAAAUACAGUGAAUAUAAAAAGUCUGCACACCCCUGUUGAAAUGCCAUUUUUUUGUGAUAUAAGAAAUUUAGACCAGGAUGAAUCAUUUCAAAACUUUUUGGACCAUUAAUGUGCCCUAUAACUUGUAAAAGUCAACAAAUUUAUUUGAAUCUUUCAAGUGGGAAGGAAAAACAAACUCGGAUCAUGUGGUUGCACAACUGUGCACACCCUCUUAUAACUUUGGAUGUGGCUGUUUUUAGAAUUCACCAAUCACAUUCAAAUUCAUGUAAAAUGGGAGUCAGCGCAUAACUGCCACCAUUUAAAGUGCUUUUGAUUAACCCCAAAUCAAUUUCAGAUGUUCUAGUAGGCUUUUCCCAAUUUAAAAAAAAAACAUAUUUUUUCACUCUCCCUAAAAGAUUGUUUUCUUUGAAUUGUGUGUGCAGGUUUUAUGCCUUUAUGAAGAAUGGAGGAAACAUUUUGCAAUGAUUUAUCAUGGUCUCAUAUUUCAUAUCACACAAAAAAACUAGCAUUUGACCAUAGGUGUGAAGACUUUUUAUAUCCACUCUAUAUGUGCUUUACAAUUUGAUAACACAUGAUUCUCUAAAAGGGGAAUACCACUGAUGGUGUUUGCUCUAAUAUAUCAUCACUUAUCACAACGAUAUCACACAAUGUAGAUCUAUUUCCACAUUUAACAGCUUAGUUACUUUGAAAGAAACAAAAAAGCAGAAUGUUUAUGGAAGACACGCUGUGACACUGUCUCAGUCUAUAAUUGUAACAUCCAUGAGUUGAGUGGCACUCCUUUGACUUGAGGGCGAGUGGCAAGAUGUGACAAAGUGUUAUUUUUAGACAUUUAUUUAUACCUGUUUGUUGUUAUUAAGCGGUACAUAAUCCAAACAACGUUUUUGGCGAUAAAAGAAAGAGCACGUCUGACAAGUGAGUUUGGCACAUUUGAAUGUAUGAUGUCCUCUGGCCUGAAACAACACAAAGUACUCACACAGUGAUUGGGAAAAAAAAUAAAAAAUAAAAAAAUGGCACUGAAGUAGAUAGCACUGUUGUUCUGUUGCACUAAACUUGGUUUCAAAGAGGUCCUGUUGUGUUUUUUUCUUACUAUUGACAAUUAGCAGAUGAUUAUCAUUAUAUAGCUCCACUCACGUCGCGUCAUUAUGCACUAAUGAGAUUCAAUCCAAGAAUUUAGUUUGAUGGAGACUGUCGGAAAAAGAUUUCGAGUAUGUUGUGUACAAUUGCAUUCAAUCCUAGAGAGGUUUUUACAGGACUUGUAUUGGAUUUCAUUGUAUGUGUGGCUACAUAACAACAUAAGAAGCUACAAAGCUUGUGAUGCCUUGUGAUGUAGUUUUACUGUGCAUUCUGUUCUUAAAAUACAUUUUCAUGAACUAAACACAAUAAUCCAGAUGCCAUUUCAUUUUUUAUGCCCUGUGAGAUCAAUUUGGGAGUCAUGGGCAUUGCUCAUUAUUAUUGUAUUUUUUUUUUUUUUUUUUUUUUUUUUUGAUUCACCUAAGUAGAAUGUAUAUUAGUAUGUGUGUGUUUCACUGCUGUUAUUUCUUCAUGAUUGAUAUUUUAACAGGAAUCCACAAUCUUUCCAAAGCUGAUUGGGUGUUCAUUUGCGUAAUGUCGAAAUGUGUGUACAUUUUCAUAAACAGACUAACAAUCAUGAAUAGAAAAUGUGUCUGACAACUACUACUGCGACAUAGUGUAGUAACUGCUAAGGAUUGUUAGGGCUGCAUUGAAAAGAAAAAAACGUUUGAAAAGCUAAAACAGGACUUUUAACAAAGUGGUAAAAUUGCAAGAAGUCACAAUAUUACAUUUGCUGUUGUGUGACAUGUUGAAUUUGAAAACAUCUUAAGCAGUCGUCAUUUUAACACAGGCAUACUGCAUGUUCACACUUGUAAUAUUUUGACUUUUUCUUCAUUAUUCUCAUAGUAUGUAUUUUUUUGUCUUUUCAAUGCGACUUUAAUCCUACUUUAUAGAAAACAAGUAAUUGGGGGUUACCCACUAGUUUAAAAAAACAAAAAAAAAAAACAAAGAAAAAGUACAAUGUUAUGAAUAUUUGCACUUUUCUUGAUUGAGGCCAAAGUAAAACAGCUUUCUUUUGACUAUGUUAGAGCUCAAAACAGCUGUGGUACAUGUAGAUAUUUUGAAAUUGACACUUAUUAUAUUUACACUCUCAUCUGGCAUUGUUUAGUAUUGUGUCAUGGUAUGAGAAAUAGUUUAACAGGCUUUACUCUUUUUUUGUUUUUAUUAUUGAACAAACACAGUCCAAUCUUGUUCAAAGCAUGCUUUACCAAUCUGUAUUCUUGGCUGGCAAUUGUAAUAUAUUAUUGCAAGCUUUAAUUUGACAAGACGGUGACAAGAAGCCCUAAGUGCCAUUAGAAAGCACAGAAUUCAUGUGUUUAAGCGAUAAAGAGGUUCAAGAACAUACAGAGUGAUGUACGCUUAAAAAGAGAACAUGUAAAUCGCGAUGAUCUCAAAAAAGGGUUUUUGGAAAAGGCAAAUCAUUCCUAAGUAUGGCACAAGGCUAAGGAGUCGCAUAAGUGUGGGUUUAAUUGUUAUCACAUCUCAAAUGAGGACAGUCACAUCAGUCACAUAUUUAUUCAAACGGGGUGUGUGUGUUUCACCUGCUGUCAAUGUUAGAAUUAUAAUUUGUCAUUCAUUAUUAAGGGUGACGCGCCGAGAAGGGCCCGUGGUCACCGACGAUACUUGAGCAGAAUCUUUGAUAAGCACAUCAAUCCUCACGGUGAUACAUUUUCUUUUUGUUUGUUUGUGUUUUUCGCUCACUUCAUACUUUUGCUUCCAUCCGUUACGGUAUGUAGUUUGAGCUGGUAAUCUUUCUUUAUAUGCAUUUCUACCUCAUAAUCACUGCAUAAUGUAGAUGUAGUUUGUAUGUCUUUUUUUUAUUAUUAUUAUUGUCAGUCAUUUGUGGAAUAAAAAAGAUGGAAAGUCAGCAACACAAAAAAACAAAUAAAAAAUGUGCCCUUGAAACUGAACAGUCUACCUCGUAAAGACUGUCUUUAUUUACACUGGCUACUGCAAAUCACACAGGGGGGGAAAGUUGGUGGGGUAAAGAAAGUAUAAUUGGAUUCAUUCCCCACUAAAAAGUGUUAUGGACUGCAAGAUGUGAAUUCCCCCCACCCGAGAAAAUCCAAUCCAAUGUGAACUAUUGUCAUGUCAGUGUAUAUGGAUGUGCCAAUUUCCAAGUGUACAGGGUGGGGACACAUUUGGACUUAUCCAUGUACAGACAAUGAACUUGCACAUAGCUGUACCUAUUGUACAUUUGCUUAUAGCCUACAGCAUACAGUACAUAAAAAGCACCACAUACAUGUUUAUACGUGUGUAUGUAUUGCCAUAGUACAGUGACUUUAAAUGUAUUUUAAUUUUAUUGAGGCUUUUGAAAUACUAAAUAAAAAUGUCUCAUUUUUUCCUGAA